GAAAAGAAAGAGAAAAAACAAGAUCCACCUCGAACCUCUCUCCACCCUCCCACUACACUCCAAUCCAAUCACAAUCAUCCGCCCCCUUCUCUCUCUCUCUCUAUCCUCGUUGUCUCCCCCAACUCAAUCAAAUUCUACAAUCAGAUUCUCUCUUCACAAUUUCAUCAUCAAAUCUCAAAAUCUCCACCACCAUCACAACCACCAUAAUCAAAUUACUAAAACACCCACUUUCAAAAAUUCAAUCUUUUCUUCACUCAUCACAACCCCAACAAUGAGAGAAGACGAUUCAAAUUGGUUUUCAAGAUGGGAAGAACAACUCCCUUCACCUGAAGAACUCAUGCCUUUAUCACAAACCCUAAUCACCCCUGAUCUUGCUAUAGCUUUUGACAUCAGAAACAACAUCAACAACAAUAAUAAUAACCCACUUAACAACAUUAAUCACUCAAACCCACAACAACAACAACAACAUCAUCAAAAUCAUCAAAAUCAACAACAACAACCUCAACCUUCUUCACUUCCUUCUUCAACCGAUUUCGCCGAUUCUGGUGAACUUGGUUCUGGUACAGCCGGAGAAGAACCAGCUAGAACACUCAAAAGACCUCGUCUUGUAUGGACCCCACAACUCCACAAACGUUUUGUUGAUGCAGUGGCACAUCUUGGAAUCAAAAACGCUGUUCCAAAGACGAUAAUGCAGCUUAUGAGUGUUGAUGGUUUAACAAGAGAAAACGUGGCGAGUCACUUGCAAAAGUAUAGGCUUUAUUUGAAACGCAUGCAGGGAAUUUCUUCUGGUGGAGGUGGUGGUUCAGGUGGUGGUUCCGGUGGUGGUAAUGACCCUGCUACUGAUCAUUUAUUUGCUAGCUCGCCUGUUCCGCCGCAUUUUCUUCAUCCGGUUGCGAGGCCGAAUUCGGAUCAUUUUAUGCCUUUUGUUCCUGUUCCUGCUAUUCACCAUCAGCAACAAAUGGCUGCUGCUGCUGCUGCUCAGUAUAACCGGCCGGUUGGACAUUUUGGGUCGCCGCCAAAUGGACACUUUGAGAAUCCUUUCUUGUCUAGACAGCAACAGCAUCAACAGCAACAUCAAAAUCAACAUCAGAAUCAACAUCAGAAUCAACAUCAGCAGCAGCAGCUUCAUAGGAUUGGGACACAAAUACAUCAUAGCCCUGUUGGUGGUUAUGUGGAGGAUAUGGAAUCAGCUAAUGCAUCAGGAGGGAGAAAGGUUCUUACUUUGUUUCCAACUGGAGAUGAUUGAAUUUGGGUUAUAAUUUAUAUAUACAAUAUAGUGAUAUGAUCUGAUCUGAUCUGUCUCCUUAGUUGCAUUGCAUAGCACCUUUAAUUGUAUUGAGUUGAUUAAUGUUGAAUCAUUGGUGGUGUAUUUAAUCUGUCUGGUCAGGUUCGUCGUUGUUAAUUUCUGUUAGAGUCAUUGGUAAUUUUGGUGUUGGUGUUAAUGUUACUAAUUGGUUAUGGAGUCUAUAUUGAAGUUAAAGUAUUCGGAUCUAAAAGCUCCAGCGGUUUUUAAGGUGUCCUUGUAGAAAAGAAAACUGCUUCUGUAAUUACCUUGUUCAUGACGGUCUAUAUGUUCUCUGUCGGCUUUUGGUGAUCGAUAUUCAUCUUGAUGUCACUUUUGGGUGGGAGUAUGCUUAUGCCUGUUUAUGAAUCAGUAGUUAUCUGUAUGGCUUCGUCUAUGUUGAUUUAUCCCAUUGAUGUAUGGGAAUUCGGCUGCAGCUCAAUGUAAUUCGGAGUGUUACGGUUUGAGAAGUUUUGAAUUGGUAUUCAUGGCAGAGUGUCUCUGCAGAUGGCAAUAAAUACCCUCGAUAGAUACUGGUGGAAGCAUAUGUGAUUGAUCGGCACAUAUGGUUGUGAAUUCUUCGACUAAAAUUGGGAUCCUCUAUUGUGAAAGACUUGUCUCAUCUGCGUCGUGUCCUAUAGAGGUGAGUUGUACAUUGUUUGAUUCUAUACAAGACUUCAGUGCCUGAUGUAAGGCGCUUGUUUAAAAUUCUAAUCUUGCUCCAUUGUGGGGUUAAUUUCUCUAUGCUAGAUGAACUUAAGUAAAUUAGUUUCUGGGUAAAUCCUGCUUAAAAGAACACAAUAAGCUCAUGUUUACUUAGUUCUGUAUUUCUUGUUUGACUAGAAUUCCGGAUUCCCUCAUAUUUUUGAGGCAUAAUAAUGUUCCAAGUUCGAACUGUUCAA